GUCCAGGGGGGCAGGGCAACUGUCAAACAAAGUCAGUCACCCAGAACUCGAAUAUUCACAACUCGAAGUGAUUUGACACAACCAGAGAAAACAGCUAAGUCACUCUAUGAACACAAAGCGCAAGUUGCAGAAAUUUAACGAGAACACUGCAGAAAAAAAUGCUUGUUCUUUUCCUUUCAUAUAAAGUGUAGGUUAUUUAGGUUUGGUAUACACGCUGUUGUUUCAUUCAUUAAAGAUAUAAAAUAAUCAAUCAAAGAUAUGAUCCUACUGCUCGAGGCUAAAAUUAUUAUUCACUGCUUUAUCCGCAAAUUUCUGUAUUUAUGGUUUUCAAUGCAGAAAGAUCAUACACCGAACGAAGUGUCACAAAACAAAUCUGAUUAAGGCCAAUAUAUGUUUCUUUCUCUCGGCCAGCCACUUGAUCCCAAGUCCGCAGUAAACUACAUUUCGGGAACAACACGUGACGAACAAAACAAGAAUGGAAGCCUUCAUUCCAUUGGACGAAACUAAGACUAAACAAAUCUUUCUAGCCAAUAACAGUUCUUGUUAGAAUGGAUUUAUUGUUUAAUAUGUAUGUACUGUUGCUUCGUAAACUUGUUCUGACGAGAUGCUCAUUAAAUAAAAAUAACUGAAAAUUUUAUACACAAGCUAGCAAAAAAUAUCUUUACUUUCAGGUUGUUUCAAAUGGUAGAAGAUUAAUCAGAACUGUCUCUGUUUCCGCUCCAACAACCCACGGCCGACGGUGAAACAAAAGAAUUUUCUGUCCUCAUCAAGUUAUAAAGAGGCUGAGGUACUUCAGAGAUUGAAGGACAUCAAUGGCAAACUCUCGUAUGAACAUGCCAGCCAUCAUGUUAUUUUUGAUGAUUUUACCGCUGAUUAAUUUGUGCACUGCGAUGAACAACAACAGCAGCGGCAAACCAAGUGGAAACAAAGGAGUUGAACAGACUUGUGGUCAAAGUUGCUGUUGUGCCGCGCCAGGAAUCCCAGGUAUCCCUGGGAGCGCUGGUCCCGCAGGACCAGCAGGUGUCACGGGAUCGCCCGGCCCGCAAGGACCCAUGGGACCGCGUGGAGACCAAGGCAAAGAUGGCAAACCAGGAAGUCAAGGCCUCCCGGGCCCCAAGGGACCCCCAGGGACACUGGAGAGUAACUGGAAACAGUGUGUGUUUAAAAAUCUGGACGAGCAAAAGGACACUGGAUUGAUCAAGGAAUGUGUCUUUCACAAACCGUCGGACAAAACCGGGUUGCGUGUAUUCUGGAAUGGCGAUCUCCGCAUCUAUAACUGCCAUGACUGCUGCAGGCGAUGGUAUUUCACUUUCAAUGGUGCCGAGUGCUCAGCUCCGGAGGCGAUUGAUGGUGUGGUCUAUAUGACACAUGGAGAUGGAGGCAAGAAGAAUUUACACCGAGUAAGACAAAUUGAAGGAGUUUGUGAGAACGUUGCCAAGGGCAUUGUGCACGUGGGAUUCUGGGUCGGUAACUGUACUGGUUACGGAUCGGCUGACGCGAGCACGGGUUGGAACUCAGUGUCCCGGAUCUACGUGGAAGAAGUACCACCCCCACAGGCUUAACCUUGCUAAGAGAGACAAGCCAGGGAAAAAUUAAAAAUGCUGUUUGGGGGCAAAGUUAAUAUAGCGGCUAUUCUGUCUUCAUUGCAGGACAGCCAAGCAACAAGUUAAGAAAUUAUUAUUUCAAUAAAGCCGACCUUAACAACGUGAAGCUGACGCUGAUAUAAGAGUAAGAAAUCUGCCAAUAAAGCUGUGGGUUUAUGUAAA